ACCGCCGGUGUGGCGGUAAUAUGGUCACCACGACACCCCUAGUCACAUCAUGUUCCAGGAGAGCUACAGCCAGGGUGUGCAGGCUUUUGUUCCAGCCCAACACCACCACACCUGACUCAACUACGCUCCCAACAGUGUACCUUCUAUAGCUUGCUAUCUCACGCUAAACCCUGGUUGUUGUGUCACAGGUUUUAAAUCAUGGCGACAAACAGGAAAACUGUAAAAGUGGAGGCUUGUGGUCUUGAGAGGCAGGGUCUCAGGUGGAGGGGGCUGAGUGAGGCGGAAACUUCCCAUGGGUCUCUCCUCCCAGGACUGUCUGCACACGCUGACCCUCAUCUACACCUCCCUGCAGGCCAAGAACCCCUUCCGUAGGGCCAGGUACAUCUCACCACCUCCUCCUCUCCCUCAGUCUCAAGCCCUGGCACAUAAGCUGCAGGAGCAGACUGUUGGUUGGCUGUCCGGGUGCCUGUCUGACUGUCUGUCCAAUCUCGGCUCAGACCACACCGCAUACCCAAAUCUGAUAGACUCCAUCACAUCUUGCCUAGGCGGCUUCCCUCUCGGUGAAAGGUGUAUAGAGUCUGCUAACAGAAGUUCCCUCCAGAAGGCCUUAAGUGAAUAUCUCCAACAGCAGGUCGCCAUGUGGUACAGGCCUAGCUUGUGUCUAGCUGCGGCCAAGGCCUCCAUGCUGGUAGUGCAGAGGUCCCAGGAGUCCAUCAGCACCACCCUACAGGCUACCCAUCUUUACUUCUCCCUGCAGCUGACCCUUAGUGACCUACUGGACUGCUACACACACAUCCUCACAGAUGAAUUUGUGCAGUCGGUCCAGAGCAUGGUUGGCCAGGUGGCAGGUCUCCUGCAAGGUUCAGAACAAGUUGGUGAGUGCGCCCCCGUGUGGCUGAGACAAAGCUGUACCGGGCUAUAUGACAGUGGCCGUCCUGCGGGUUUGUCUCGUUACCUGUCUCGUCACGGGGCCCUGGCUUUGUUGAACUGGAGAAUCUUGUUUCUCAUGGUCUGAGAGCCCUUUAGGUGCCUUUUGGCAAACUCCAAGUGGGCUGUCA